UGGAACUUUCAAGAUUAGGGUGUGUUUUUCAUAGCAAGCGGUAAUAGAGGGAUGCAGACGUACUUUGUCAGUAAAUUACUUUGCAAAACUGUCAGUAGGUCAUCUAAUUGUCAAGAUGAGAUUGCGAGAUCUUUUAUAUGGUGCUACUGUCAUCAUCGUCACCCUCCUAGUAUGGCGGAUCUCUGUCAACUCUUUCCACAUACAGGAGAGAGCAAGGGACAUUCAACGCAUUUUCAUGUUCAUUCAGAAGCCUGAUGGCCCUUGGAAAGAAACUGUAGUCCAGUCUGCAUGUGCGAGACCGAAUGCUUCAGUAUCGCCUGCCAGAAGGCAACAGGGUGUUCAUGAGAUAUCCAGGGUCUCUACCACUACACCUGCAGCCUCCCCAAAAUGCAAGCUUUCCAAGGUCUGUCCCAUCGACCAUUUUGCAUUUCAAAUCACAAGUGGAGCAGCUGACGUUGUCGGACCACAGAUCUGUUUUGAGGGUAAAAUUGUGAUGAGUGGAGUGAUUAACAAUGUGGGACCUGGGCUUAACAUAGUGCUGGUGAAUGGUGAGAAUGGGACUGUUGAGAAGUUUUCCUACCUUAAUAUGCUCAUUGGAAAACCUGAAGAUAUCCUGGCAUACUUGAAAGAUAUUAAGCCUGGAAUGAUUGUUUUGGUCGCGUCAUUUGAUGAUGUGACAACAAAGUUGACAGACGAAAUGAGGGAAAUAUUUGAUGCACUCGGGAGCACCAUGAUCAAGUCUAUUAAACACAGAGAUAGCUGGGUCUUUGCUGGGGGUGCUGGAACAAAUGAGAAAAGUCCAUUUGAAAAGGUUGCUGUAAGUGAUCCGACGAGCAACAUUUAUGAGGGCUGGCCAGAGGUUGUUGAGAUUGGAGGCUGCUUUCCCAGGAAGAUUUGACACACUGUAAUCCCAGAGGACCUCAGGGAGGCAUCUGAGCAUCUAUUACCAAGGUGGAAUAGAUUUUGUGAAGGAUCCCUCAAAAGAGUUUGAACUUGAAUAAAAAAAUAUUUGAAAACAUGUGUUGGGUUACCCUUAAAUGAGGCAAACUCUGGGUUUUCCGUUCCACAAAUAGAGGUAACGAAAACUUUUGGUCAGUGUCCAUGGUAACUUACUCUGUGAACCUAACCUACCAGCUAGCAGGUUUUCCAUGACAAACUCUGCAUUUCUACCUAUACAUCCCACUUUCUGAGCAUGAUACAGUUGACAGACAUGGGGUGUCCUUUCCUGGCUCAGCCGACCCGAUCUCGGACAAAAUGUAAUUUGCUUAUACGUCGGGAGAGGAUUAUAAAACCGCGAUUUGAUGUAGCCUACUUUAAUUCCCUGAUGAAUACCUAAGUUAACGUUACCGUUUCCGUCACACUCCGUAAUUUAUUUUAGCAACAUUCUCAGCCCUUACAUCGCUAAUGUUAGGUAGGCUACACACCGCGGACCUGCACUCAGAACCAACCAAAUGCUUUUUGGCACUGAAAUAAAGACCAAAUCAUUGAAAUGUAA